AUGGGGCGUGGGGACGUGUCAGAUGAUAGCCUUGGUUCUGUGGGAGCUCGGGUGUCAGCUCAGAGUUGUCAUGAGAACAUUCAGACUCUCUGUGAACAUCUGCAAGCUUUUGAGCUCCACUGGGAGAUCCAGACAGCAGCUGUAAUUUGGCGUGUUUGUAGGAGCUGCAGCCGCCUUCGAAACAUUCAGAGUAUCCUGACACAGAGCAGCAAAUCUCAACCUGAUGGAAUCCUUUGCAUUUUGGGAAUCGAUAGUCGAUACAAUGAAGGUUGCAGGGAACUGGCAAACUAUCUGCUUUUUGGCUUAUAUAAUCAGAAUAACAAUGACUUUGAAAGAACUGGGUUUCCUGAAGAAGUUCUUGAUGAUAUAAUCAUAUUAAUAAAACCUGACAGUGUCCAUCUGUACUGUAACCCUGUGAAUUAUAAUCAUCUUUUGCCAUAUGUGGCAUACUGGAGGAACUUGCAUUUUCACUGUCUCACUGAAAAUGAGUAUGAAGAUGAAGAAGCUGCAGAGGAAUUCAAAAUUUCCAGCUUUGUAGACAUGGUUCGAGAUUGCAGUCGCAUUGGUAUUCCCUACAGCUGCCAAGGUCAUCUGCAGAUAUUUGAUAUGUUCAUUGUUGAAAAGUGGCCAAUAGUGCAGGCUUUUGCGCUGGAAGGAAUUGGGGGUGAUGGCUUCUUUACAAUGAAAUAUGAAUUAAUGGAUGUCAGUGUUGACUUGUGGAAGACGUACAGCAAAAUGGAUCCUGUUUCCUUGCAGGACUUGCUCUUUGAGGAUUUAAUGAUUUUUGAGCACCAGUGGACCAACUUUUUUGCUAAUUUUGAUACUGAAAUUCCUUUCAUUCUGGAGCUAUCGGAAUCUCAGGCGGGGGAGCCUUUCAGAAGUUAUUUCAGUCAUGGAAUGAUCUCGAGCCAUAUAACAGAUAACAGCCCUAGCCGGCAGCCCUUUGUUCUGUUUGGUAGCCACUCAACUAAGGAAAACUUGAACUCUGGUAACUUUAAUUUUCCAUCAGAAGGACAUCUUGUUCGAAACACUGGCCUUGGUGGAAGCACUGCUAAGCAUAUGGUAGUGCAGUGUGUAUCUCCAAAGGGACCUCUGGCUUGUUCAAGGACCUACUUUUUUGGAACCACUCACAUUCCUUUCCUGGGAAAUGACAAUGAGAUGCACAAGCAAGCUGAACAAGUUACGCUGUUGUCGCAAAUAUAUACUGCUGUUGUAGAGGCUGUGCUUGCUGGCAUUGAGUGCUAUGCUAAAACUUCCACUGAAUCCAAGGCAAAGGAGGUCGCAGAGCAGAUGCUCCUGUCUGUGUUGGAUACCCUUCAUUUAACACAACUUAAAACUGCAUUACGCUCCAAAAUCAAUUUUCAAAUUCAGGCUGUGAAUAAUCAUGGAAGAAUUACUCCAUUAGAUGAUGAGGAUAGCCUGAGUUUGAUUAAAACGGCGUCUAUGAUGGUAUUUGACAUUCCAGAUUUGCUCACAGGAAGAGGAUGCUUGGGAUCUGUUGUCUUUUCAGAGUCCUUUCUAACAUCACAGAUACAAGUAAAAGAAAAAGAUGGCAGCAUUAAUUCAGAAACCAGCCACAUAAUACUGACUGCAGCUAUCCCAAGAUAUGCUUCUUGGCUGGUUGAAGAUAGCGAUGUGAAACUGUCUGAAAAGGCACAGAAUAUAUUGAAGGAAGACAAAUCUUUUCUGGGCACUUUACUCACUGGAGGCGAUGGAGCAUAUAUUUAUUCUAGCAAUCCACAGGCCAUGCCUGCAGAAGGCAAAUUGUACUUCUUUUCAGAUGGCAUUCUCUUUUCUGAUCCCCACCAUGGCAGCAUUUCAAUUUCAAAGAACCAUAUGAGUUCCAUUUCUCUCUAUGAUGGGGAUUCAACCAGUGUUGUUGCUGCUCUCUUUAUAGAAAUCAAAAGUUCCUUGCUUGCUCACCUACCAAUUGAAUUCCAUACCCGAGACAACUUUUUGAUGAUUGCACUUUUCCCCAAAACAAAGAUUUAUAAAGCUUUUUAUUCACAGGUAUAG